CUGAAUAUGUAGUGUUAGGCGUAGAUCACCAAUUGUGCGUUACUUUUGGGUCGAGGAUGGUUGCAGCGGGUGGACGUGCAGUUCAAAUUAUAAAUGUUGAAGAAUGUAUGAAGAAAACAUCAUUCAGUCUAGAUGAAGAGUCUUUGUCUUCAAUUCUUUUAAGACCAGAUGUGCGUGACAAAAAAGUUGUUGUAGUGUCUGUCGCUGGUGCGUUUCGUCAAGGAAAAUCGUUUUUACUGGAUUUUUUCUUACGUUAUUUGUUAUCCAAUGACCGUACUAACUGGCUAGGAGACCCGGAAAUACCUUUGAAGGGCUUCCCCUGGCGAGGUGGUUCAGAGAGAGACACUGUCGGAAUAUUGUUAUGGAGCGAACCAUUCUUUAUGACUCUACCAUCUGGAGAGGAAGUAGUUGUUCUGUUAAUGGAUACACAGGGUUCCUUUGAUAGCACUAGUACUGUGCGUCAGUGUGCUACAGUUUUCGCUUUGAGUACAAUGAUCAGUAGUACUCAAGUUUAUAACAUUCAUGGUAAUAUUCAAGAAGAUCACUUGCAGCAUUUGCAUUUAUUCACCGAAUAUGGUCGACUUGCCUUGGAAUCUGAUAUUUCUGGAACACCUUUCCAGCAUCUUUUAUUUCUUGUUCGCGAUUGGAGUUUCCCGUACGAGUAUGACUUCGGGAAUAGUGGUGGUACUCAACUGCUUGAUAAUCGCCUCAAGAUUGUUCAACAGCAUCACACAGAGCACCAAGCUGUCCGCCGUCAUAUUCGCUCUUGUUUUUCCAAGUUGGAUUGUUUCCUAAUGCCUCAUCCCGGUCUUAAAGUUUCAACAAAUCCAAACUUUGAUGGACGAGUAAAGGAUAUUGAUCCUAGUUUCGUUGAAAACCUUAUAGCAUUAGUUCCUCAUUUGUUAGCUCCAGUUAAUCUGGUUGUUAAAAGGAUAAAUGGUCAGGAAGUUACGUGUCGUGAACUUUUUACUUAUUUCAAGGCAUAUAUAAAAAUUUAUGAAAGUGAUACUCUCCCAGAACCACGUUCUAUGUUGGAAGCAACUGCCGAGGCAAACAACCUUAAUGCAAUAUUAACAUGUCAAGAGAUGUAUUCAGAGGCUAUGAACAAGAUUUGUGGACCCGAUCGGCCGUACAUCAAUCCAACUGAUUUAGAUUUAGCUCAUUUAAAAAUAUAUAAGGCUUCUAUUGAAAAAUUUAACACAAUUCCCAAAAUGGGUGGUGAGGCAUUCUCUGCAGGUUAUUUGGAACGCUUAAAAGAAACAUUAAAACAACUGGGAGAAGAUUAUCGGAUGUCAAAUUCUAAAAAGGAUAUAUUCCAGACAUUUCGUACUCCUGCUGUUCUGGCUGUUGUUCUACUAAUUUUCCAUAUUGUUACAGGAUUAUCAGAAUUUAUUGGUUUAUCAAUGGUUUCGGGUAUAUUGGCCCUACCAUUUUAUAUUGCUUUAAUCUCAUUGUUCACGUGGUUGUUUUAAGUUACACUGGUCGAGCUCCAGAAUUAGCUAGUGCCAUCGAUCAGUCAGCUGAGUUGGUAAUAAAGAAGGUAUUCAACCCUGCGAUAAAAAUAGUCGGCAAUCGUGGAAUGGCUCAACUAGUUGGUGGUAAUCUUGUUUCUGAUCAAACAACAAGAACUUGAAAUGCAUCUGUGCUAGUGUUUGUUUGUGUCUAUAAAACUUUUUAAACAAAUCUAUAGAUAUGAUUCAACUUACAACCUAUCAUUUUCAUUUUUCCCCUUAUUUCUGUAUUGUUUAUUCCAUAUUAUUAUUCAUAUCUUAUGGUUUUCACUGUGAUGAUUUAGUUUCGUGUAGUUGUCUUUUCUUUUUCUUGUUUGUUUAUUUGUUCAACAAACACAAGGUCACUUGUUCUUUUUUAACAAAACACAGUGAAUAACAUAAUAACGUUCUUCUCAGCUGUUGUUCUUUUUCUCUACUGGUUCCAGUGUAUUAUAGAAACCUCAUAAUUAACCAAAUAAAAUAGUAGUUGUAAUGUAUUGUAACGAAUAGUCUUUUAAAAUUUCGGUUCAUACUUGGAUUUAUGUGACGAAAAUAAACAAAAGACCAAUAUCUAAGGCAUAUUAUUUAUUUACUCAUUGUAUUUGUAGAGUUAGGUCUGCGCUCAUAUCUUGAUCUUCAUCGUUCUUUGUUAUAUUUUACAAUUUGUAACAAUAGUAAACUUUGUUUCUUUUGUACUUUUUCAUAUAUUCAUAUAAGUUUGAAGUAGAAAAAAUCAUCAUUGUUUAAACUGGUUUAAUACAGGAUUUUUAAAACAAACUGCCAUGUAUUUUGCUGUAGUGCAUGCAUGUAUAUCCCUUCUAUUAUACAAUAAAGUUCUUCUAUAUACUACUUACUGUUUUUCUUUUUAUUGGUAAGGUGUUUAUCGAAGGUAUUUACUUCGUUAGACUAAUAAACAUUUAUAAACAUUAAAACUGAUUUAUUCAUGUAGUUAAUUGAAGAUUAAUAAAUAGCUCCCAGACCU